ACCUAGAAUAGCUUUUAGGGUUUAUUACCAUACCAAUUCGGAAGCCUUUCACUUCGAAGAAAGCUUGACCAUGGCCGGUUCGAAAGCAAAUGCAAAGAGGCAAAAUCAGAAGCGGAAACAGAGAUUCGAUGCCGAACCUCAAACUUCUUCCAAACGGCACCGUUCUGAUAUUGCUCCGAAGCGUCACGGUCCCUGGAACAAUCUUCAACUCAUACUUUGCAUCCAAGACAAAGACCAUGAUCUUUCCAGUAAGGUUAAUCAGGCAUUUAAUUUUGUGCGGUCAAGUGCGGAAAAUGGUGUUGGCGCUUGUCAGGAUUGUAAUACUAUAAAACUUCCAAGACUAAUAUCUUAUCUUAAUGAUUGGAUCGUGACAUUGCUGUUUCCUCCAAAUGGGAAGAAAAACUGGGGCGAUGGGAAGACACCACAGCUCGAGGGGUUUGAGGCAUAUAUGGAUAUUCGUUGUUGGGAGAUAUUCAAGUUAUGCUUGCAGGAGUCUUUGAAGUUUCACGGCUCUUGGAGUAUGCCCCGGAACCUCCUACAAACUGUUCAGUUUGUUGCCAGAGAUUUUCUGUUACUGCUAGAAGACACCUGUAUUAGUUCAGGAGAAGUUAUUAUAUCCGAAGAAAGGUUUAAACUGUAUGGUACCGCUAUUGAUUGUGUUUCGUUGGUAUUCUUGUCGCAUGGUGGGUUGUCAAAUAAAAACUUGGACUUGUGGGUUGAGACAGCCAAGGUGUUGCUUGAUCUUGUGCUGAAAACUUAUAACAAUAGUCUUGAUGACAGCAAUGUGGGUGCUCUUGCACAACGCUUUCUGUGGUCAGUGCUUCUGCCAUUCUCUAAGUUGAGUGUCCAUCGAGCUAAGAAAGGAUUUCAUAAUUUUGUGGAUAAACUUCUUGAGCCGCUGUUGCAUUUAUCUAGUGAGUUGCAUCUUCGGGUUAAUAGAAGUAAUCCCAUUUGGACGUCGAGAUUAAAAGAUGCAGUGGAAGAAGUUCUUUCUCAUGGCCUUUUUCAUCAAGUGCAUAUUUCUGAGUUUUUAAGCCUACAUGGUUCAGAAAAUGAUGUUACUGCAUGUGAUAAAAAAUCAAAUGACUCAAAAACAACUAUAAAGAGUUAUACUAGACAUUUAUUUGAUGUACUAAAUAGAAUUAUAGCUAGGAAGAAUGCUAUGGCAAUGGGUAGCUUGGGCUUGUUAUUUCAUUUAUAUGCUACUUCAGCAAGAAAAUUCAAACUGGAUGAAGGGCUCAAGACAACAGAAAAAAUAGGUGAUUCAAGGCAACCAGUGCCAGAAAAACAUUCUAACUCAAAUAAUAUUUCUGCAGACAUUCAAAAAUCACUUUUUAAUUUUUUUGUACUGAUUAUGGAACCCCUUUUGCUGAAGAUUAAUGCCUACGUUGAAGUUGAAGUAGAUGCCAAUACCCUGUUGUUGGAUCUUCAUGGUUUACUAAAGUCUAUUGGUAAUUUGCUUGCUAGUUUUAUGCGAGAGAAAGUUUAUUUGAGAACAGAAGACACAUCUGGAGGAGCUUGUCUCAAUUUCUUGAAGAAAAUAUUUAAUACACUGAUAACUAGUUCUACUAGUGUACUCCAUUUCUACAAUUAUGAUACAACUAACAAGAUGGAGAUAUAUGGUUUGCCUGUUAAUGAGAUUCUAGUCGCUAUGGGAUAUCUUUUGCAGAUUGAAUAUGAGGUUAUUGGUGAAGGCUUGGUAAAUUUAUGGCUUCUUAUCUUGUCAUUCUCUGCCAUUAAUUGCAAUUUGGAGAAUGCUAUUGAUCAAUGCUCAUUACCUUGUACUAUACCUUCCCUGGAGUGCCAAACAAUUCAUCUCUACAGUCAAUUACGCCAGGUGGAAGUUGCUAUUUUAGCACUGUGCAAAGCUAUAAGGCUUAUUAUAUGUCCCGAGGGUUAUACUGAAGAAAGUUCUUCUAGGUUUUUGACAUUUCUGUCUAAUGAAGUUCAUUCUGAAGCAGUUGAAAGGCUGUUAUCUUCACAGAAUUUCAUUCACGCCAUUUAUAAAGCUGUUGAAUCUAUUCCAGAAGGGCAGGUGUGUGGGUGUAUUAGACAGAUAAGAGAUGAUAUUUCAGAAUCUCUCAUGUGGAUGAAAGAUUUCUGUCCAUUGGUUGAUGGCAAGAAAUUGCAAUUUUUUAAUCUGCAAGUGGAACUGUUUGGUAGAGGGCUAUCUAGACUAUAUUGUUUAGUGCUUGGUUCAGUGACGGUCACUGACAGUAACCGCAAUCUUUUUGGAGUUUCCAUAAAAGAACUUAUGGAAUUAAUGCGUCCCUACUUGAGUAUUCUAGUUGGACAGCAGCCAGAUACAAUCUGCAAGUUCUUUUCUUUUGUCACAGGUCAAACUAUUGAUCGAGUGGUUAGAAAGAGAAAAUUUUUAAAGAAAUUUGGUAUGUCCAGCCAAUGGGUUCUUGUGUUCUUCUUUCAGUUGUAUGUGUCUUGCCAAACCUUAUAUAGGCAAGCAAGCCUUAUGCCUCCUGAUUUGCCAAAAAAGUCUGCGGAGGUGGUAGAUUACACAGCAUAUUCUGCUUGUGAGUUGAUGGACAGGAUUGAUGAGAUAGACUUCAGCUUUUUUUCUUGGAUUGUUCAACCCUCAGGUUCCCUCCUUGAUGUUAUGAAAUUUAUUUCUGACAUAUAUCUUAAACAUGGCUCAGAUGAUUCUUCCCCUUUGAUCUAUAUCUUUCAAUCUAUGGCUCUUCGAAGGCUUGUUGACGUGAAUAAACAGAUUUUAUUGUUCAAGUAUAUGCAAAAGAAGCAUUAUUUGCAGAAGCCUUAUAGAUCCCAAAUCAACACACUGAAGGAAGAAGCGGCUGGACUUACUAAUUUUGUUAUGGAAAAUUUAUCAUGCGUGUUUCAAUCCCCAAUCUUUGUUUCUGAAUAUGUAACUUGUGGAGAUGUAGUUUCUGUGGGUACUCAAAGCAACGAAUGUGAUCUAGGAGUUUAUUUUGCUGACAGAAAGUCAUUGCAAACACUCAUUUGGUCUAAUCUUUGCAAAAGUGUUGAUGUUUGGAGCAACCAUGCUUCAAAGAAGCAAAUGAAAAAGUUUUUCUCACAUUUAUUCCAUACUUACCUUCAAAGUGUAACAAGUAGUUUUCAAGAGUCAGGUGUGCAAGAACUCGACAAAUUUAAGCUGCUCAAGAGGGUCACUUUGUCACAAAUAUCAUCAAAACUUUUAAAUGAUUCACUUUUUUAUAAACAAAAAUUUGUCCACAGGAAUCUGGCCUCAAUAUUCUGCCAUGCUUUAGAGAAAUCUGCACUGCCAUUAUUUAGUAAUGUUCCGUGUACUGAUGUGAAUCUUCGGUCAUUGCCUAAUUGGGUUGAGUUUUUAAGCGCCCUUGAUAAGUCAACAGUGCUUAUUGAUGAGAAUAAAGAGAUUCGGGUUGAUUGUUCUGCUGCUGUGGAAAGUUCAAACACUCAUUCAGACAGCAAACUUCCUGCGGAUAUGAGCAGAAAAGAAAAGACUUUCCCUGUAACAGACAAAGUUUUUCGAGAAUGCCACCAUUUACUUGAUCUCUUAUGUUGGAUGCAAGAUAUAAAUGCAAGAUCAUUUUCAUAUCUCAUGACUUGUAUUUUCAACCUUGAAAGGCUUCUUGUCAGUGCUCUUCUGUAUUUUCAGUGUACAGCACACCAGGAUUAUUAUUGUGAGUACUUAAGAUUAUUUGUCUCGUGUCGGAAGGCAUUAUGGUAUAUAUUAAUUGGAUUUUACGAGAAGGCAGAGAAUAUUCAAUCAUUACCAAACACAAUUGUUUCUGAAAGUUCAUUCCCUGUUUUAUGGAUUACAAAGUCAUUAUCUGUGGUUGUGGGGAUUACAGAGGCAUUCUCUGCAAAAGAUAUUAUUUUAUGUAAAUCUAUGAUGUUUUCCUUGUUGGAUUACACAUCACAUGUCUUGUUCAGCAUAGGUAAAUAUCAAAGUCUUCAUGCUUUUUCCAUUAAUAAAGAAGCUGAAGUGUCAUGUGAAGAGAUCUCUAAUCAUAUGAUUUGCCAUGAAGAGAAUAAUUUGAUUGCAUCUUCUCAGAACUCCCCCAAGCUUGAGGCAUUGAAAUGUUUAACCUUUAUGGCUGAGAAUUUGAAAGAGCAUAAACACAGUUUGCUUGUUUCUAUUAACAAUUCCCCUCAUAAUGUCAGUGUGGGAUUUGGUCUUGCCAUUGAAAACAUCAUUAGAUUGUCGUCUACAGUUUGUUGCUUUAGUAGAGUGUUGUGGGGCCUCACAUCCUCCACUGGCCAAACAGAUGCUAAAGAUAUUGAUGAAAAACAAUUAUUGAUGUUGAAAAGUGAGCAUGCCUCUGAACUAAAUAGUUGUGUAUCUUUUCUCAUGGAGCUUUCUGAUGUUUUUGUGAACAAAUUUCUUGUUGAGAGUAAGCAACUUUCCAAAAGUUCACACAGUACACAGCAUUCUGAAGAUCCAGUGAUGCAGGUGUCUUUGUCACUUACCAAUUUGGCACCUAAAGUUGCUGUUUCUAAGGCUAAUACCUCAGCUGGUCCACAAAAUGAAUGUAAAGCUGCUGCAACUUGCUUUACUUUAUCAGUUGAUAAUGUCUCCAAGGGUGUCAGUGAUCUAGGAAGGGCUUUUAAUCCCAAAGGUGAAAACUCUGUUGCGAGGGUUUUGGCCAAGGUGGAUUACUCUGAGCCACAGGGUCUAAAUAAGCAUAUUUUGCGAAGUUUGGUAAAAGCUGAUCACCCUGAAAUAGCUUUAUUGCUGAGACAACUGCUAAUUGCUUUCUCAUCUCUUUUGCGGUUAAAUUUGCACAGAAAUGAUCGUCUCUUACCUUCUAGUCUUGUAUCUACUUUCAUUGAAAUUUCACAACUCCUAUUACUAGAAUUUUCAGAGAUGGUUGUGGUCCCACAACAAUCUGCUUUGCUGUUGCUUGAUGGCGCUUGCAGCUAUUUGAGAGAAUUGGUAGGUUAUUUUCCUUUCACCGAUCCUACAUGCUCUAGAAAAGUCCACACAGAAUUGAUUCAGAUUCACAUGAGGGCAAUUGGCAAGUCCAUUUUGUUGCAAGGAAAAGGGCGAACACUAACCUUUCAUGAAAGACAGUCAAGUGCAAAGCCACUUCAUUGUGGAUCAGUUGAAGCUUAUUCUUCUACUGAAUUGCACUGCUUUGCCUUGGAUGAAUUUAGAACCAGGCUGCGGAAGUCAUUCAAAGCAUAUAUAGAGAAGUCAUCUGAGCUGCAUCUUUUGUCUACUAUACAGGUUAUUGAGAGAUCUCUAGUAGGUAUUCUAGAAGGAUGUACUCUGAUUUAUGAUGUAAAAACAAGUAAAGACGGGGAGGAAAUUUUGUCAGUUGUGGCAGGUGGCAUUGAUUGCUUCAGAAUGAUUCUUGAAUUUGUUUCAGGUCGGAAAGGCUUGAAGAUGAUUAAAAGACACAGUCAGAGUUUAGUAUCUGCUGUUUUCAACAUUAUUGUGCAUUUACAGACCCUGCUUAUUUUUUAUGAUAACUUGGCAUCUGGAACAGUUGUCAGUACUCCUGAUCCUGGGUCAGCCAUUCUCAUGGGUGUUGAAGUACUGGUUACAGUUUCUAGAAAACAGGCUCAAUUCCCAAUGGAUGUGGGUCAAAUAUUACAUAUCCCUGCCGUACUCUUUCAGAAUGUUUGUCAGUUUAGAGUUACUAAAGCGCCUGGUCCAUCAGAACCAUUGAUGAUUUCAAAAAAUCAUAUUUGUGAUCCAGUAAAGAGAGUGGGUCACGUUGAUCACCAGUUCUUAGUUAGCCUCUUCAUUGUGUCUUGUCAACUAUUGUGUACCAUUAUUAUGCAUCGUCCAAGUGAGUGCAGACAGCGUGUUGCCCAUCUUGAAGCUUCGGUUGCUGUUCUUCUUAAUUGCUUGGAGGCAGUAUCUGAUGAUGAAUCAAAAAUGAAUAAGGGUUGCUUUUCUUCAGAUGAGGAAUUAAAAUGUGCCUGUUUUAUGAGAAGAAUUUAUGAAGAGAUAGAACAGAAAAAAGAUAUCUUUAGUCGUCAAUGUUCUCUGUUUUUAUCCAAUUACAUAUGGGUUUAUUCAGGAUAUGGUCCCAAGAGAAGUGGCAUCAGAAGAGAAGUAGAUGAAGCUCUACGACCGGGUGUUUACGCUUUAAUAGACGCUUGCUCAGUUGAUGAUCUUCAAUAUCUUCAUACUGUUUUUGGAGAGGGACCUUGCAGAAACACGCUGGCCAGUCUUUUGCAUGAUCGCAAACUCAACAAAUACGAAGGAAAAGUUUGAUCUUGAUUUUUUGUUGCUGAUAGUUCUUUUGUGCACUCCUCUUUUGGCUUGAGAGCAAGCUAUUAUUACAACUGGGAAUUAUGUGAUUAACUUCCCGAGGCGGAGACGUUACAAGAGUUGGUUUCCCAACAAAGUGUUCUAGGCACGCACGGUGAGAUGAUACAUCUGCCAACAUGUUUAAAGAAAUUGGCUAUGUAUCAACUGGGUCGAUGUGCAACACUCUUUGCCCUAAUAUAACGGAAAGCCAGUACUGUGUUUCUACAAAUUGAAUUUAUACUUCUGGUCGAGGGACGAUAAUCUUCCCAUGUUCAAUUUUUAAUUUAUACAGUUGGAUAAAUUGAAUUUUAGUCAAUAAAGCAAUACUUGAAGGAGCCACGAGGGUUAUGAUAGCAUUCCUUUCAUGCGUUAUGUAGAUUAAUUUGUUAUUUUUUUUUUGUUGUUGUGGUAGUGUGUUAUAAUUUUUGUCGAAUAAAUAAAUAAAUUUAUAAAUUUUAUUCAAGUACAAGUGAGCAUUCUUUGUCAAUUAUUUUGAUGACAACAUUUUUUACGUUGAGUUGCGUGUUUCACAUGUGCAGAGGUUUCACCCAUCCAAGUAUCACCCCGUUCAUGGCUUUACACAAAUUCACUAACUCCAACACGAUCUUUUCCUCCAUCUUUUCUUGGUUUAUUUUUUUGCUAUAUUUUUAUAAAGUCUUUUUUAUAUUUUUAUAAAUAC